AUGGCUUCCAGGGCACCUACCACACGCCGAGCAGCGGCUUCGCGCCGAAACGACGAGAAUGCCCUCCCUGCUCAGACCACCCAGGCGACAGGUGGACUUCGCAACAAGGCAUCACUAUCCAACCUCGGUCCGGCGGCCAAAGCGGCGGCACCCGCUGCGGGCGGCAAGAAGGCGGCGCCCGUCAAGGCUGGGGCGAAGCGGACUGCUCUCGGUGGCGUAGUAGGUAAUGGGAUCAAGGAGGAGGUUGAGGAGGAGAAGAAGGCCGGCAAAGCAGUCAAGACGGAAGCUCGUGCACCACUCGGGAACCGCGCCAAUGCCCAAGCUCGCCCAAUCGCCCCUGUCCCCGCCCGUACCCGUGUCGUCCCCGCAUCGAUGGACCACCUCCUCCAAUCCGCCGACGAGGUGUCCGAGAUGGACAUUGACCACCGGGUACAGCAAGACGCUGCGUCUGCUCGUGCAGCACACGACGAGGAGUUGCUCGAUGACGAGGACCAGGACGGAGACGAGGAGGAAGAAGAGGACGAGGAGGACUGGUUGCGCAUGUCGGACGAGGAGGUGAUCCGGUGCAGGGAAGAGUUGGAGGCGGUCCAGUCGACAUUCUACGACGAGGUCGAUAUGAUGGACACGACGAUGGUGGCCGAGUAUGCGGAUGAGAUCUUUGGGCACAUGGAGGAGAUGGAAAUCACUACCAUGCCCAACCCUCGCUACAUGGACUUCCAAACCGAGAUUGAGUGGUCAAUGCGCACAACCCUUAUCGACUGGCUCCUCCAGGUCCACCUCCGAUACCACAUGCUCCCCGAGACCCUCUGGAUCGCCGUCAACCUCGUAGACCGCUUCCUCUCCGUCCGAGUCGUGUCCCUCGUCAAGCUCCAACUGGUCGGUGUAACCGCCAUGUUUAUUGCCGCCAAGUACGAGGAGAUCCUCGCGCCGAGCGUCGAAGAAUUCGUCUACAUGACAGAGAACGGCUACACCAAGGACGAGAUCCUCAAGGGCGAGCGCAUCAUCCUCCAGACCCUCGACUUUUCCGUCUCGCCAUACUGCUCCCCGUACUCGUGGGUCCGCCGGAUCUCCAAAGCGGACGACUAUGACAUCCAAACCCGCACGCUCUCCAAGUUCCUCAUGGAGGUCACGCUCCUCGACCACCAGUUCCUCCGCGCCAAGCCGAGUAUGAUUGCUGCGGUCGGAAUGUACCUCGCGAGGAAGAUGCUCGGUGGUGACUGGAACGACGCCUUCAUCUUUUAUUCCAACUUUACCGAAUCGCAACUCCUCCCUGGUGCCAUCAGGCUGUGCGAGCGCCUAUGCGAGCAGGACUUUGAAUCGGUAUACGUUUACAAGAAGUAUAGCAACAAGAAGUUCCUGCGGGCGAGCCAGUUUGCGAGGGAAUGGGCACAGAGCAGCGCCGCGUCCGUCUUGGGGUGA